CCUUUGAGCUUUUCUCUGAGGUUUCGUGUAGAGGUGACCGCUGCAGCGGGGCCCUGGGGUGAUGGUGGGAGGAGGCGCGGAAUGGACGGGGACACCGCGCGGGGGCUGUUCCUCCCGCUCGUGCUGCCGCAGCUUCGGCCUGUACCGGCUGCCUAUCCCACCGAGUGCCUUCCUCUGCCGUAGUUCGAAAGCGGCUUCCCAUAGUACGAGCGUGUGGUGCAGGGUGCUGGGAGGGGCCUGAGACAGGACAGUCCCGCGCAUCCAAGACGCGGAGUCUUUAUGUCCUGCCAUCCGUUAAUUCCUCUCGAUAUUCAAAGGGAGAUUCACCCUGGCCUGUGCCCACCUGUUUUGCUACCAGCAGUGGUGGUUUUAUAAUAAAGUUGCGCUUGAGACUUUUUAACGUUUUGUCAGAGGCCGGAGAGUUCAGGCACGCUAGAGCGUUAAGAUACAAAUACACACCACUUUCCUUACGAGGUCUCCCUCCCUAGGCCCUGGACUGUGUGAUUUUCUCGUUUAAAACUCCAGGUAGACGUCUCUGAAAAGAUUAUGCUUGAUUUACAUAUGCAGUCACUAGAAGGCUAUGCAGAAUUAAUUGAGUCUUUUCCCGUAUCAGUGAUUAUUUCCAAAAAAUAUCGAAUUUGACCAAAAAAUGAGAUUCUGCAAACAACUCUCUUUUGUGAGGAUACAGUAGUGCGGUAAUAGUUGUGCGGUUUUAAUGACACAGGGGAGGAAAGAUGGUCAGUUCCAUCACUGGGAGUGAGAGAUGAGCUCUGAAAAUGGUUACAUGAGGCCUCAACCUAGUUCCACAGAUUUGUUCUCUAGACUUAGUUUGUAACAAGGGGUCUGGAGCCACCAGUUUCUGGAUAAUCUGUAGUCAUAUUAAUGAGUGGUUUAAAUCCUGCCCUCAUUAGCUCUUGCCUGAACCACAGCAGUGAGUCUUAAACCGAACUUCCAGCCUCCAGUUUUAUCUAUUGGAAUUCACCACACUCUUGCCAAAGUAGAUCUACUCAUGGUGCACUUCAGAAUCUUGUCACUGCUCAUAUUGCUUAUGUAAUAAUGACUUAGAAUCCUGAUAAUGUGACCUCACUUAUAUUUGCUGUCUCAUCCCCUGCAGGAACGUUCCAUGCAGUCAUGCUAAAUUUGUUGCUUGCAUACUGCGUGCUCUUUCAGUGUUUGUCUCUUUCUGCUUCAUCUUUCUUCUGCCUGAAAUGCUGAAUAUAAAUUCCUUCUCACCUUGCUAGACCCAAGUCAUAUGGUCCCUGCUUUAUGAACAUACUCUUCAAAACACUUGGCAGUUAUAUUGUCUUCUUUUGUGUAGCAUGUAUGCAUUCAUUCAUGAUCACAUACUAUAUGCCAGGCCCUGUACUAAGUACAGAGAUUACAAAGACAUAUAUUGCUGAUUUCUUCACUCAAGGGGCUUAGCAUAGUGCAUAUCUGCUAUUAUAGCACUUAAGUUUUGCAGUGAUUAUUUACACAUCCUUCAAAUUGAACUCUUUGAUGCCAGGGAUCAAAUGCCUCUUCAUUUUUAUAUUUGCAGCACUUCUGUUGUUGUAAGAGGAUAACAAUGUCUGAAAGAGCAUAAUUUUCUUAUAUGUCUGAUGUUUUCUGAAGCAGAGUUUUCUCUUUUUUUUGGUCUGUUUUCCAUUGAUGAAUAUGUAGGAUAUAUAGUCUUUGGGGUCCUUUGUCCUUUCAAAGUCAUUAUCAGAUUCUUUCUGAGUGCUUAUUUUGUACCAGUACAUGCUUGAGUUACACGUGUGUCUUUGACAUAUAACUUGUAACUUUAAGAUCUGUAAGUUCUGUGUGAGAAUAUCUUAUUAGAUGGUAAUGUUUAAACUGAAAUCUAAUAAUAAUAGCUAACAUUUAUCCUGUGCUUACUGUGUGAUAAUUAGAUGCUGUUCUUGAGGUGUUAAUCAGUCCUGUUUGAAUCGGUCAGUUCUCACAGCAAUCCUGAGCACGGUAGGAGUCCAUCUGAACUAAACAAUAAAAGCAUCACUGUUUCUUGGUGUGCAUGAAGAUAACCCAGAGAGUUGAGGAAGUCGCUAAGAGUGUGCUGGGGAUGCUCUAGGAAAAGACUGAAUGCUGAGGUGAUUCCCAGUCCAAAGGUGUUUGAUUUGCCAAGAAGAAAGUGAACCUCAUGGAUCAGAACAACAGCCUCCCACCUUAUGCCCAGGGCCUGGCCUCCCCUCAGGGGGCCAUGACUCCUGGAAUCCCUAUCUUUAGUCCGAUGAUGCCGUAUGGCACAGGACUGACUCCACAGCCUAUUCAGAGCACCAACAGUCUGUCUAUUUUGGAAGAACAGCAAAGGCAGCAGCAGCAACAGCAGCAGCAACAGCAGCAGCAGCAGCAGCAGCAGCAGCAGCAGGCGGCAGUGGCAGCCGUUCAGCAGUCGACCUCCCAGCAGGCGACCCAGGGGGCCUCGGGCCAGACACCACAGCUUUUCCACUCACAGACUCUUACGACCGCACCCUUGCCGGGCACCACUCCCCUGUAUCCCUCCCCCAUGACUCCCAUGACCCCCAUUACCCCUGCCACGCCAGCCUCGGAGAGCUCUGGGAUUGUGCCGCAGCUGCAAAAUAUUGUAUCCACAGUGAAUCUUGGUUGUAAACUUGACCUGAAGACCAUUGCACUUCGUGCCCGGAAUGCUGAAUAUAAUCCCAAGCGGUUUGCUGCUGUAAUCAUGAGAAUAAGAGAGCCCCGGACCACUGCACUGAUAUUCAGUUCUGGGAAGAUGGUGUGCACAGGAGCCAAGAGUGAAGAACAGUCCAGACUAGCAGCAAGAAAAUAUGCCAGGGUUGUACAGAAGUUGGGUUUUCCAGCUAAGUUCUUGGACUUCAAGAUUCAGAAUAUGGUGGGGAGCUGCGAUGUGAAGUUCCCUAUAAGGUUAGAAGGCCUUGUGCUUACCCACCAACAGUUCAGUAGUUAUGAGCCAGAGUUAUUUCCUGGUUUAAUCUACAGAAUGAUCAAACCGAGAAUUGUUCUCCUUAUUUUUGUUUCUGGAAAAGUUGUAUUAACAGGUGCUAAAGUCAGAGCAGAAAUUUAUGAAGCCUUUGAGAACAUCUACCCUAUUCUAAAGGGUUUCAGGAAGACAACGUAAUGGCUGUCAUGUACUCCUGCCUCCCCCACCCACUUGUUUUUUUUAAAACAAAUCAGUUCUGGUACAUUUAGUGGUGUUGUGGACGGCCCCAUGUGAUGAGAGGAUGGAUGUCUGGUUGUAGGUUGCAGCACGAGGUGAAGCUCCCCUGCAUGUGUACCCCGUAGGGAUGCCAGGAAGGGGGCGUUAUUUCUGCACAGAGAUCACCGAAGUGUUACUGUAAGUUGCUCGAACUGUGCUGCUAUUUGGGCAGCGCUGCCCGUUUAUUUAUAUUUAGAUUUUAAACACUUACUGCUGUUGACAAGUUGGUUUAAGGGACAAAACUUUAAGUGUUAAAGCCACCUCAACAAUCGAUUGGACUUUAUUUUGUUUAAUUUCUUCCCCAUAAACCACAGUUUUUAUAUUUCUACCAGAAAAGUAAAAAUCUUUUUAAAAAGUGUUGUUUUCUAAUUUGUAACUCCUAAGGGUUAUUUUUGUGCCACAUUCCGCCUUUCCAGUAUUGCAGGACAGAAUAGAAAUGUAUUAAUGAAAACAAAUGGCUGUACAUAUUUUUCUUCCUUCAGAGUACUCUGUACAAUAAAUGCUGUUUAUAAAAGUGUUA